GACAUCACUGUACACAAACAAUCCCAAAACACCACACCCGUACACAAUUCACCCAUCCACACCUUAUUGGGCCACAAAUCACCCGUCCAUAACUCACCCGUCCACAAUUCACCUGUCCACAACUCACCGAUACGCUCCCAAGUCGCCGUACAGGAUUCCCAAGUCCAUGACUCCAAUGGAGAGAUCCAAAAAUCACCGUCUCUGGAGCCGUCUCCCUUGUAUGAUACAAGCGCACCUCCACCGGAUCUGCUCCUCUCUUCAGCAGACACACCCAAAGGCCCUCCUUUCCAAGACCUUCUCUUUAGUGGUGUUGAGAUCCACUCACCUAUUUCUCCUGACCCUAUCACACCCACCAAACCGAAAUAUGACUCUUCAGUAGGCCCAACUUCCCGUAGGACUUGCCUGUUCCCUUUGCCACCCCAACCUUGCUCACUAAAGAGUUCUCCUACUAAGAGUCCAGCCAGUAUUUCGGGUUUUGCUCCACAUGCAGCAGGAGUUAACGCUUUUUCAUCAACCUCUACAUCUCAUUCUCAAGUAUCAAAACCAACCGUCCAUGUAGACGAGGUUCCACAACCAUCUGAUAUCCUUGACAUUGUUGAGCUAAGCGACUGUGAAGGCACUCCACCAAGGCGAAGACCCACUUAUAUCCCCUGCAUGGAGGAAAACAACGUUUCUAAAGAGCUAUACAAAUGCAAAGAAAUCCCAGCGCCUACUCUUAUCUGUCAACUUUCCCAGAUACAAUGGGAUCUCUUCUAUAAAUCUAUUUCAAAGUUCGGAGAGGCGUAA